UUUCCUCAUUUUGUUGCAAUUAAGAGAGUGUAGGUGUGAACGGAGUCUAAAAUGGUAAAAAACAAUUGCCUCUCAGUAGCCUGCCUUUUCCCAUUCGCGUCUCAACUUCUUGUAUCCAAAACGGAACCCUAAUCGCGUCUUAAAUCAAACUACAUCAGCUACGGAUCUUCUCGUUGUUCUGUUGGAUUUCUGAUUCUGUAUGUUUUUGUCAAUUUUCCUUCCUUUUCAUAUUUUUUUUUAAUUCUUGAUAUUUUCUUGUGUUUGAUUUAGUGCAGAGAGAAAGCAUAAUUCUGUUAGUACGUAUGACGGUGGACAUACGGCCAAAGAUCUUUAAUUCUUUCCAACAAGGUUUGAACGAAUUAGUUACAUCGUAUGAUAUGCUGAUUAUGUUGUUUGUUCCACCAUAAGUGAUACUUACAAAUGUGCGCAAAUGCCUAGAAAAUUAUUCUUGAAUACUCCUAAAUACUUAAAUAGAUGCUAUUGAUGUUGUUGUUUCAAUUUUGUUAUCAGUUUCUGUUGAUUAUGACAAAUUCGAUGUAUGGGUGUAUAUAUAAGCAAGAUCGAUUGCAAACAAAAUUGAUUGACACUUAAAAAACACCAACUAUUCUUUUCAUCAAAACAUUGAGCAAGUAAUAGUACUUUGGAGGGGGUAAAGAAUCACAGGGUUCUGGAAAAGAGAUAGGACUAGAAUCGAACCAGACUAAUUUUUGGCCAGUGAAUGUUACAUGCCAUUCCUACAACUAAAUUUUUUUUGGUCUAUAUUUUGAUAACGAAACUUUUUUUAAUAAAUAACAUUUUGAAUUAUAUGAUAUUAUAUUUAUAUUUUAUAUUGUUUAUUUUAAAUAUGUCCUGGAAAAUAUAUCUCUAUGAAAACUCUUAGUUCGGUUCCUACGUAUAAAAAAUUAUUGAAUUGAUUCUAAUACGAAUAAAAUAGUCCCUUAUGCAUUCUUUAUUUACUCAUUUAUAUGUAAUACAUUCUUGAUUUGGUUCGUAUUCUAUAACCUUUUUUAUUUUUUGUACCUUAUAUGUAAAGAUUGACAAGUUGUUGGUCAAAUUUAGCUCUUUUGUCUCAAAUCUAGUCUUGUGGAUGCAAAAAGAAGUAAUUGAAAUGAGAAUUAUAAUCAAGGUGACUAGUCAGAUUUUAACAAAUGUAUUAGCCAUGAAUAACCAAUUCAAGGGUUGUUGGAAUUUCGAAAGUUUUGUUAUUUGGAGUUUCGAAACAGUGGCUGGUCACAUUAUGUUUUUGGGUUUUGUGCUUUGUAGUGAUUAUUUGACAUUGGAUUUGUCGGGAUCUUGAAACCUUUUGCGAUGAACAUACUAUAAAAUGAUCUUUGGAUUUGUCCAAAGUUGUUGGAAUUCAUUUAAUUGUUGUACUAGGCUUGUUUUGGUUUUGGCAGGUUUCAUAUAACAGGAUUGUAUAGUGGUGGAAUAUGGGUAUCCUUAAAUAUUGCCUAAGAUGUGGAAGGUUUUGAUCCUUUUGUACAGGUGGGGGAAUUGAUGAUUGUUUUCAAGAUUGGGAAUAGAUUAUGCCACUUUUCAGUGUUGGUAUUCUUCCUUUUCUAAGUAGCAAAAUUAGAGAGUAGAUGUAAAAUUUUGUACUAACAAAUUUAAAAAGUGAGACUUGAUCAAACCACUAAACUUAUCAAUAGCUAGUCAUACUGUCAAUUGUUUUCUUAAUACUAGAACGUGCAAACAAGCUAUUUAGGGCAUAUCAAAUAUUGAAUUUGUGAUUGCGUUUUAUUUUUUUCAUUCCCCACUUUAUUGGGGAUAGCAACAGGGACACUGACCCUUUUUAUAUCCUGUUGUAGCACUUUGUGACAUGGGAUAGCGACAGGUACAUUACGCUAAAAUAAUACAAAAGAAGUUGAGAAACACAUAACUUUGUCAAAAUAAAUUUGAUUAUUAACAUUGACAUUAUUUCAUAUUCUAAGUUGAACACAAAUUGAAGGAGAACAAACAGGAACAAAACAACCACAAAAUUAGUAUUUUUGUCUCUCCAAUCUCUUGAACUUUAAGAGAACAGUCAUGGACAGACGCACGACCACCACCAGGCCAGUAGUGAUGUCUUCCUCUUCCAUCACUGGCACCACCACCAUAACAAUUCAAAACUCUGAGCCAUCUACCUCUUCAUCUCAACACCAACAACAGCAACCAGAAGAAGUACUUUUCCUCCCCCUCAAUCGCAAGAAGAAAAAGGUCAGUUGGAAAGAGGGCACCGUGGACAAUGAGUUCAUGCAGAAGAAGAGUUCCAAAAGGUGUUGUAUCUUCCAUAAGGAGAAGCCCUUUGAUGAAGAUGACAGCGAUGAAGAUGAUCAUCACUCUGAUGAACGCCCUCACGAUAGUAGGUUUUGCUGUAAGAAUCAUGAUGAAGCUGGCCCAAGAAGCUAGAGAAUUGAUUCACCUGAGCGGUGAUUAAUGAAACCUAAAACAUAUAUUUGUAGAGUAAAUGGUGAAAUCGUUGAACUUAGGUUUGCAACUCAAUAAUUAUUUAAUUUCGGUUGCAAUUAUAUGAUUAUGACAUUGAAACUAGAGGAUGUUCAAUUUAAAUUUAAGUGUCACAAAUAGUUGCCUACUUUAGUAGUGAAUAAGAGUUUCACUAAUUUUUGUCUCAA